ACGGUCCAUCCAUCGACGACGAGUCACACGAGUCACGGCUCGUGCGUGCGUGCGUACGUACGCAGCCCAGGGACACCGACCGCCGCCGCCGCCCGCAGCUCCUCCUCCUCCUCCUCCGACCCCCUCUCAACCGCACGUACACGUCCUCGCUCCAUGGCGGGCAUGCCCACGGAAAGCGUGACCCGGCGCUUCGCCGCCGCGUGCGGCGUGCUCAGCCAGUACGUCCGGACGACCGGCGCGCCCGCGAUGACGCCGCCGCCGCCGUUCCUGAAGCCAGCCGCCGCCCAGGAGACGACGGUCGCGCCGCGCACGCAGCAGCUGACCAUCUUCUACGGCGGGAGGGUGGUGGUGCUGGACGCCUGCCCGGCCGACAAGGCGGACGAGCUGAUCCGCCUCGCCGCCUCGGCGGCGGCCGCGCAGGGCCCGCUGCAGCAGCCGCCGGAGGAGCAGGCGCUGGUGGACAUGCCCAUCGCCCGGAAGGCCUCGCUGCGGCGCUUCCUCGCCAAGCGCAAGGACCGGUGGUCCUCCGCCAGCUCUACGGCCUAUGACGACCGCCGCCAGGACGACGACGACGACGACGAGGCGGAGGAGGAGGAGGAGCCGCCGGCGCCCAAGAAAGGCAAGAUGGCGGCGGCGGCGCGCGAGGACCCUUCUUCCUCUUCCUGGCUCGCGCUCGGCAGCAUGUGCUCCAUGCACGGCCGCUGAUGAGGGAGCCAGCGGUGGUUAUUAGUAGUGCAGACAAGAGCUCGGGCGCCCGCCCGGCCAUGGGAUGGGAUGGGAGGCGUUGCAGCAGCAAUUUAUGUGCUACCUACGUACUAGUAUUUAUUAUAAUUGUUAUUACUAACAACAACGACUGGUAGUAUCGAUCAGAGACCGACGCUAUUCGAUCGUUGGUUCGUUUCAUUGUCCUUCCUUGCUAGCUGGUGGUGUAUCGACCAUCUAAAUCUAACAGGACACGUGGACCUGGACGGCAAGAGAUGUCCAGUCCAGCAGUGUGGAACGU